UGUUUCUACUUUUUCCCCUGGCUGCGAAUGUGGCGCAGGGACAGGAGGUAAAAUGCACACAGAUAAAAGGUAUGGGAGAAGGAGCAGAGAGAAGCAAGCAUCUCAGCUGAGAAGCAUGAAGGAAUUUGCCUCACCCAUCAGCAUCCUCAUGCUGCUGCUAUUACUCCUGAGCCCAGACCCUGGAGCAGCACUGCUACUGCCAUCCGGCACCACCUGCUGUACUCAGCUCUACAGACAGCCACUCCCAAACAAGAUAUUGAGGAAGGUCAUCCGAGUAGAGCUGCAAGUGGCUGAUGAGGACUGUCACCUCCAAGCUUUUGUGCUUCACCUGGCUCGACGCAGUGUCUGCAUCCAUCCCCAGAAUCGCAGCCUGACUCGGUGGUUUGAGCGCCAAGGGAAAAGACUCCAGGGGACUCUGCCCAUCCUGAAUCCGGGGCUGUAAGGAGAAAUAGUCUGGAGCUUCCAACACCCAAAAUAAU